AUGGCGGAACACGAAGUCAAGCAGCUCAUCCACGCCCUCGACUCUCUCAAACACACACAACUCAAUCAAGCACCGCAACUCCUCUCACGCGCAAAGCUCGCGCUCCUCAACCUUGACGCUCUCGUCCCCAGCGAAGACAGCACACCAAACCACCUCCACCUCGCCAUCGCCGUCCUCGAGCACGGCGCCCUCGCCAGCAUCAAGCUGAAGGACACCGAAGCUUUCACCCGCUACUACCAACAACUACAACCCUUCUACUCGCUCCCGUCAUCACAGCAGAGCUCGCGGCAUAGCAAUCAAAGCAAGGUCACGGGGUUGUAUCUGUUGCUGCUGCUGAGCGUGGGUGAUUAUGCCGGCUUUCACACAGUGCUGGAGGGUCUGGAGAUGAGCAGUGGGAAGCAGAAGGUGGAGAGGGAUCAGUUCAUUCAGUAUCCCGUGAGACUGGAGCAGGCGUUGAUGGAGGGGAGCUACGAUAAGGUCUGGGUUGAGACGAAGGGCGAGAGGGUGCCGAGUGAGGAGUUUGGGGUGUUUUCAGAGGUCCUCAUCGACACGAUUCGCUCGGAGAUCGCAUCCUGCUCGGAGCGCGCAUACCCAUCUUUACCCAUCUCGAACGCAAAGAACCUGCUAUUCCUUGACUCCGAAGGCGCCGUGGUGCAGUUCGCGCAGGCAAGAGGCUGGGUGGCGAAGGAUGGUAGGAUCUACUUUCCACAGCAGGAAGAGGAGGCACUGGCCGCGGAGAAGGAUGUCAUGAGCAACAGCGACGUGGUCAUCCAGAACACUCUGGGCUAUGCACGGAAGCUUGAGACGAUUGUGUAA